GGUGAUGAUACGACAUUCCGGUGCUCGCAGUUCAUCGUCGGAGUGAGAUGAGUUUAAUUUUGUUAUUUCUCAAUGUUGCGGUUGGAUUAUCAUAUGGAUUACAAAUUGGCGAUGAAGACAGUAGUCCGGCAAUCGCUUGGUUCAACCAGAUGAAUCAGGAAUUGAAACAGCUGAACCAUGAGGCUGCCCAGUACGCCUGGGAUUCGAGCACUCGACCAACGCAGCCGGAAACGGUGGAGAAAAUAAUCCAUCUAUCGGUGCGGAAAGCCCACUGGGAGCGGUCGACCUGUAGCCGGGGGUUUCAACAUAGAGACUUCAAUGCCAGCUUUGAGCGAGCGCUGCAUCUGUUGUGUCGGUCGCCUCGGAAUACCGACGAGGAAAUCGGUGAAAUCGCUCAACUGCUGGGCUUCAUGCAAGGAAUCUAUACGGGAGCUCAGAUCUGUAUCGACGAAUCGUACGAUCCCUGUACCGGAAACGGUUUACUUUGGGACAGCACCUCGUUCCGGUACCCUAUUGCCGACAAUAGGAAAAUCGGUAAAAAUGCUUCACCGAAAUUCGCCAAAUCUAACAAAUGUUUGUACGGCGAACCAGAUUUGGAGGAGGUCAUGAAAACUGGAAUGAUACAGCAGCUAACCGAUGCAAAAACCUGCUCAACGAAUCAAGAAGCGAUUCUCAGCUGGGCGUGGCAGUCAUGGAGGUUGGCCGUUGGACCACCGAUCAAGGAAUCCUACCAGAUGUUAAUGAAUCUAAUGAAUUUGGGAGCCCAACGUGCUGGAUACAAAGAUAUUGGGGAAAUUUGGCGGGAAGAACUGGAUAUUCCGAACUUACGAGAGCUUGUGGACCGCCUUUGGAAGCAAGCUAAGCCACUCUACCAGAAACUGCAUGCCGUUGUCAGACAUUAUGUUCGAAAUCGAUUUCCUAGAAUGAAUCAGUUCGACGAGGGUGGUGUUAUUCCUGCCCAUUUGCUAGGGGAUAUGUGGAGCCAAAAUUGGGAAGUUUACUCCUCGAAUCUGGUACCACAUUCGGUUGACAUAGAGGCGAUGUUUCGGGCGGCCAACUGGACCGGAAAAGAGCUGGUCAAACGGGCUGAAGAUUUCUACUCCUCUAUGGGACUCCCGAUGAUGACGAAAUCGUUCUGGGAAAGGAGCGUAUUCGAGAGGAAUGAGAACGUGUCCAAAUGCCACGGAACGGCUGCCAAUAUGUACGAAGAGGGGGACUUCAGAAUGAUUGCAUGUGCAGGAAACCCGUUGAAUGACUUUUAUGUGGUUAUGCAUGAAAUGGGACAUAUCGAGUAUUACAUGUUAGCCUCUCAACAACCGACGAUUUUUCAGGGUGGUACCAAUACUGCUUUCCAUGAAAGUAUAGGGGACACGAUGCACUUGGCUGCAAUGAGCCCUUUACACCUUUGCAGAUUGGGUUUACUAAAUUCCUCCCUUCUGGCUCCAGAAAAAGAAGAAACUAUCAAUACGAUGGACUACGCGCUGCUAAUGAAAAUGGCGCUCAUCCGUAUUCCGGCACUUCCGUUUUCCUAUGUUAUGGAUCGCUACCGAUGGGAUCUUUUUGAAGGGUCGGUAGACUUCGAGCAGGACGCCAACAACUACUUCUGGAGCCUGCUGCAAAGGGAGCAAGGAGUACGAGCACCAUCUCGAAUCGAUCGUACCCAUCUGUUUGAUGCAGCCGCAAAGUAUCACUUCCCGGAUAAUACACCCUAUGUGCGAUACUUUCUAGCGAACUUGCUGAGCUUCCAGAUAUUGGAAGGACUCUGCAGGAAAUCGGUCUACGGAAAGCUGGACCAGGACGCUGAUUUACCGAUGCCCUUGCAUCGUUGCGAUCUUUACGGAUCCAAACGGGCGGGGAAACUUUUGAAAGCGGCCUUACAACCUGGAGCAUCACAACAUUGGACCGUGGUUUUAAGGACACUAACCGGUACCGAUCAGAUAUCAGCGGCGGCAAUGUUCAAAUAUUUUGAUCCGCUUAUGAAGCUGCUCGAUAGGAUUAUCGAGCGUUUCGAGAUUCCGGUUGGGUGGUAGAAUGUUGUCCUUCAUAAUUGUUUUCAUUGAUAAAAUAAUUAAAUAAAGACUAAAGUUGCUCUCUUUUGUGGAAAUAAGACAGUCAUAUCCAGUUGGUUCAAUAAAAAUAUGUAUGUAUGUGUUAGUUUAAG